UAAGAAGGGAAGGGGUCUGACUGGAUGGUUUCACAGGGAGCAGAGGCAUUUGAGUCAGGGCACACAUGCCUCAGCUGUGAGAGGCCCUACUCCCCUUGGCUGGCUGGCAUCCCAGAGCAGAGGCAGAGACAGAGCGAGACACAGUGUGUGAGGCCGAGGGUGAAGAGAAAGUUUAAGUGCAAAGUAGUCCAGGAAAAGUGGUUGAGAAAGUUGUCUGAAAGAGAAGAGAAAGGAUUAAGGACUGAGAUCUGUGCAGCGUGGCUCCUGCAGUUUGUUUUUCCGUAGUGUAUUUUUAUCUGUAGUCAGUGUGCAGGCGGUUUGUAUUUGGAGUUGACAGCCAUGGCGGAUACAGGUGUCCAGAAGGAGCACGCAGCCCUACAAGAAGUUCCUUAUGAUGACGAUGAGGUCGCUUUGGUGGGUGCUGCCACAGAGCCCGCAGUAGAUGGCCCUGCUGAGGAGGGGGACCCGGUGCUGGCCAUUGGCUCUGGAGGCAAGAGUGAAGCGCAGAUGAACGGGGUCAUGGUUCUGUCUCUGCUCGACAAGAUUAUUGGGGUGGUAGACCAGAUCCAGCAGACGCAGAAUGGGCUCGAGGCCCGACAGGAGGCCAUGGAGAAGUCCGUGUCGACCAUCCAAGGGGAGCUGGCUAAGCUGUCCAAGAAUCACAUCGGCACUGCCGCCACCGUUAACAAAAUGCUGGAAAAGGUACGCAAGGUCAGCGUCAACGUCAAGACGGUGCGCAGCAACCUGGAGAAGCAGGCGGGCCAGAUCAAGAAGCUGGAGAGCAACGAGAACGAGCUGCUCAAGAGACGCAACUUCAAAGUCCUCAUCUACCAGGACCAAGUGAAGCAACCAAAGACAUCCAAAACCAAAACAGAAGAAACAGUUGCUGAAGAAAAAGCUGUGGAGGGCCUUGGGCAGAUACCUGAGGAGGGACGAGAGGGACACCCAGACAAUCUCAACUCAGAUGAGGAGGUGGAGAUCGAGGAGAUUAUCGAGGAGUCUCGUACCAAGCGCCUCCAACGCACCACCAAGCAGCAAGUGGACAGCAUAAAGAAAGCCUUCUCUAAAGAGCAAAUGGAGAAGACCAAGCUAAAGACCAGGGAGAACCUGGAGAAAACCAAGCAAAGAACCCGCGAGAAUCUGGAGAAGACGAGACAGAAAACCCGUGACAACCUGGAGAAAACCAAGCACAGCCUAGAGAAGAAAAUCGGCAAGCUUGGGACCCGCAUGACCCCCACCCAAGAGCGCAGGGCGAAGAUGAAGAGCUCCAAAGACAAGGUGAAGAAGUCCCUCACCCCUGACCACACGAUCUACGCCCGCUCCAAGACCACUGUGUACCGUGUGCCCCCCUUCACCUUCCAUGUUAAAAAGAUCAGAGAGGGGCAGGAGGAGGUGGUGCAGAACACAGAGAUGGUGGAGGUGACCGAGGCCGAGGGCCAGCCGGGGGGAGAGGAAAAUGGGCUGGGUGUGCACGUGGAGCUGGAGGAAGGGGAGCUGAUGAGGCCAGCUUCCACAUCGCACACCUUGCACGGAGGAGAAGAAAAGUGACUGUGUCGCCAUGGUCACAGCUCAUCACAACACAUUUGCACAUCCAUAUUAAAUUUUCCCAAGGUAAUUGCAGGCAGCAAAAUGAUGGCCCGAAGAACAAGAUGACAGUUUAAUGACUGACUAUGUAACACGUGGAGAAACUGCUGUCAUUCUAAAUGCAGUCAAAGUGAGAUAGCACACAGUUUUAGGAAUGGCAUAUCAGAACAGCGGGACAGCACUAUCUAGUCCUCAAACGUCCUUGCAGAAACCAAGUGCGAUGUUCUGUAGUUCCACUGAAUUAUUAAAGGCAUGUGCAUGCUAAAGCUGUCUGGCCAUAAUUCAUAAAUGACUUCACUGCAGAGGUUAACUGAUGUGGAUUUUCACGAUAAUCUGGAGCAGAAAAUAGACAGCAGUUGAUUAGUAUUUUUUUCUUUUCUUUUGUUGAAGUAUGCAGGCCACAUCUGUGAUUACUUUCUUGUUUUUUCACGCCAUAGGUUUUUAAGAAUUAGAUGCUAAAAUCAUUACAAUGUCUCAUUCAUUUCUACACAGGCAGAUUUUAAAAAUUCUAGGAAUAUUCUUGUACAGUGGGUCCUCAAGUACGGACCUCAAAGUAAUUAACAUAUGGAACUGUUAGACUAACCAUAAAAAAAUCUCAGUGAGCAGUUUUUAAUUUUUGAGCCAUUAUUUUCUCCCAGUCAGUAAUUACAUUUGGGAACUCGACUGUUGAAGACUGCACAGCCAUCAGCCACCUCCAAAGUUCUGCCAAUACUUUUGUGUUGGUGCCAGUUAAUCAGCUGACCUGAUUGAACGGUCUACCUCUAGUUCAUUUCAAGUUAGAGAAGACGAUCAUGCAGCAUUAGUGGAAGCUGUGACAAAUGGAUUGCAUUUAUCUGAGCCUGAUGUAAACUGGCUGUGGCAGUGUUCGUUCAUUGCCACUUUUGAUGAUGUAAGACGCAAGCAGGCAGGGCUCUCUAGAGACUGCAUGUGAUCUUGAUGUGGUGUAGGCAUGCCAAGGCCCACUGUGAAGCAUGGAACACCAUUAAAAUAAUCAAUGGGCUGGGGAAUGCAAUUAAGGAGAGUGCUCCCUUUGAGCACUAAGCAGGGUAGAGAACAGAGAGAAGGUCAGAGAACAAGGAUGGUGUGUGUGUGUGUGAGAGAGAGAGAAACACCUCAACCAUCCACACCAACAUUUUGGUGAAAUGUCAGUCAGCAUCAAGUAGAAAUUUCCUAAAAUAGCAAAGAAGCUAGUGACUUAUAAUUAUUAGAAUAUUAUCUUUUAUAAUAGAGUUUUUGACAAAAAUAUCCUUAUUGUUCAGCACAUCAGACAUUGAAACACUUGUAAAAUAUUGGUCCCUUUAAAAAAUGGUAUUAUUCCACCGUGUAUAUUUUGCUUUGUUUGGAACUACAGGUUAUGAAAAAAAUAAAUCCAACCUGCUAUAUGCUUGAGGUAGGUUGUGCACAGCUUAUGUAGAGACAAUGUCAUUAUGAAAAACGUAUCAGUUAUGCUGCUGCUGCAACACAAUGUGACAAAUGAUUGCUCUUGGUGUUAUUAAUUCAUAUUCAAAUAAUGAGCUAAUAAUAAGCUUGCCCCUUCUGCUGUGUUUGUGGCCUCUUUUGCCUAACGACUGAAGUAUAAAUAAAAGCUUCUUACUGAAUAAUA